GACUUCAGCAAAAUAUGGAGAACCACUGUGAAGCACAACCUGCAUGGGUAAAAGAAGAAAAGGAAAUAUUAGAAUCUCUGCAAAUGAAAGAAAAUUGUGGAGAACCAGAGCCUCUUUUCAUUAAAGAGGAGCUAAAGAAACCAGGAUCACAAAUAAAAGAUGAACAAGAAGAAAUAGAACUUAAGCAGGUAAAAGAGGAACCAGAACCGUUGCAGAUAAAGACCAAACAAGAAGAAAUAGAACUUCAGCAAAUGAAAGAGGAGAGAGCAGAGCCCGAACCUCCACAGAUAAAAUAUGAGCAGGAGGAACUCAGUAUAGUGCUAAAGAAAGAGCGGCUAGAACUAAAACAGCUGACUGAUACCUGUAUAGUAAAUACCACUUAUGAGGAAAAGGACCUCUGGGAACCAGAUUCAAACAGGGAACUUCUGGAGAUAUCUUUAGAACCUGAGAACAAAAAUUAUGAAAUAGGCAAUGAUGAAGACACCAGGUCGAGUAGCGAUGAAGAACCGAAUCAAAAUGAGAGAUGCCAGAAAAGCAUAGAUCAAGAUGACAACGUAGGCAAUCCAAACACAAAACGAUUGCCGAAAACACACAUGAAUGAUAAUUUGUCUUCUUGUAAAGUAUGUGGCAAGUUAUUUGCACGGUCGUAUUUGACAGAACACAUGAGAAUUCACACAGGUGAGAGGCUUUUCCCAUGUGCUACCUGUGGAAAACAUUUCAUUACUGGAAGUAAGUUAAAAAUUCACGUCAGAACUCACACGGGUGAGAGGCCUUUCUCAUGUUUGACUUGUGGAAAAAGUUUUAGUGACAGAGGAAAUCUGUCAAAGCACGUGAAAACUCAUUCAGGUGAGAGGCCAUUCUCAUGUUUGACUUGUGGAAAAGACUUCACUAAUAAGGGAAAUUUAUUUCAGCAUGCAAGAACUCAUAGGGGCGAGAAGCCUUUCUCUUGUUUGACCUGUGGAAAAGGUUUUGCCCAGCAAAUUCAUCUGAACGACCACAUGAGAGUUCACACAGGUGAGAAGCCUUUCUCAUGUACAAACUGUGGAAAACGUUUCAGUGAAAGAGGAAAUUUAUUUCAGCACAUGAGGACACAUUCAAGUGAGAAGCCUUUCUCAUGUUUGACUUGUGGAAAAAGUUUUACCCAGCAAAUUCACUUAAGUGAUCACAUAAAAAUUCACACUGGCGAGAAGCCGUUCUCAUGUUUGAGCUGUGGAAAAAGUUUCCGUCGUAGCAGUCAUUUGACUGUUCAUAUGAGAACUCAUCCAGGUGAGAGUUUAUAAGUCAUAAGAUUUAUUUUUAACAGCUGAAGUGCCAGAUGUGAAGUUCUUCAUAUGAAACUUGCCUUCUUUGGAUUUAAGCUUUAGCCAAUAGUUGGCUGGUUUUCUCCAGCAACUAUUUUGCUAUUUAGACUUAAGAUCUCGUCAACUCAAACAAACAUGACCUCCAGGGUUUGUUUAAAACUAAAAUUAAAUAAAAA